UACAGGUAGCAUCCCUUGCACACGGCACUGUAUGCUGCGUGUGUCCGUGGUACUACCUGUUCCCCACGAGACGAAGUGCGCCAUCCGCACGGGCUACUGACUGCUCUACCGUUGGAACCCGUCUAAGAGGGUGACGCCGCGUGCACACUCGACAGCGACAUGAUCAAGAACGGGCUCCGCGCGUUCCUCGACAGGCAGAACCACCUUCGCAACUCGUCACCGCCUAGCUGCAGCUCUCCUCUGAGCUCGUCGGCUCCCUCGGCGAGCAGCUGCGUUCCGCACGCAAGGCAUGCGCGCAGAAAGCAUACGCCAAGCUUGUCACCGCGAUCGACGCGUCACCGCUCGCCGUACCGUACACCACUGGUGACGGCGGCAGGGCGGAGAAGGUCGCGAAGUGGCUCGCCGCGCGCGCGAAGAUCCCCGGCAUCGUCGCGAGCGUCACGGCGAUGGACGUCGUCCCCCUCGGGGACCAUGCACGCCCGCGGUGUACGCCGAUACAUACAUAAAUUGCAUGUCAUGUCGAGGAUGUUCCGCCGUUAUACACCGUUAGGCGGGGCUUUUGCAAGUGCUGUUGGUCUGUCCCGGGGCCUCAUGUCCUAUGUACUGUGUUCUCUGUUGCUUCUUCAGCACAACAUGUUAUACUGUACUCGAAUUGUAUUGGUUUGCACGAGAACAAAUGGGAUUACCGCGGGCGCAGAAUAAAGACUUGCGUGAGAUGUGGAAGCUUGCCACGCUCU